UUGAAUAAGUUUUCAGUCCGAGAAACCUUGACAGGGCCAACAUCACACUCAUUCCACACAAACUGUCUAUUUGAACCGGAAUACGAAAAUUACACGGAACAUUCCUACUUUGAGACUAGUACAACCAAAUUGGUCAUGGAUAAAACUAAAUCAUCUUUGCUUCCAUAUAUAAUGGACAUGCUUAGUCGCGAGCCGCAACUGUGCACUACUUUGGACGAUUUGGUCAAGAACAUCAAGGAUAUAGUGCUCGAGGAGCACAUCAAUCCAUUUGGAAGUCUCAAGCGCGCGGUGGAGUACGCCCUGGAGGUGGGCGUCGACCUGGGCAUCAUCUCGCUGACCGACGAGCGUAUCCGCGUGCCCUUCAAUUUCCGGAGGAACCUACCCAGGACUAGGGUGCCCCUGAGCACAAGGAUCUCGCCUCGCUUGGGCCGCCGGGCGAUCAAGCAGCGUAUGCCGACGAGCACGGCGGCCAAGCUGGCGGGCAAGAAGCGAUCGGGACGAAAGUCCAAGAAGACGGCUGGGGCGGCUUCAAGGAAGCGACACUAGGGGAAGCGACCAAGUGGCUAUACGCUCGGUUCCGUUCAAUAAACAAUACAAUUGCGAAUGGCUGGCAA